AUGAAAGAAAAGGAGUUAGAUAAGGCGACCAUUGAAACUUACCAGGACUGGGUGCAACAAGGCAUCCGGAGUGACCUCAAUUCUACAGGUCUGGGCCCAGGGAAGCUGCCAUUUCGAUCAGCCAUCUUCAUGUUUGCCUGUGGCUUCUGCUGUUUCUUGGUGGGAGUUCUGCUGGUUUCCUUGCGUAUGCGUCAUGUCUAUCUCUGGGACUGGGGAGCCCAGUUUCUGGGACCUUUCUUUUUUAUUCUGUUCUUGCUGUGCUUCGCUGGAGCGUCCUACCUCCUGGUGUUAGCCAAGCGAAGGAGUAAUAAGUAUCGCUCACAGCUGUAUUUCCAACCGAUCGGUGACUGGGGCGUGUCUUGUAUCCAUAAGAGUGAACUGGCUCUUGAAGAAGAAUUGAAGCAUGAGCUGAAAUCAGGAACUACACCACAUAAAAAUGUGAAACCGAGAUCAGAGGCGUACUCACAGUCGAGCAAGGAUGCCCGUCGUUCAAGACAAAAUCAGCCUCGGGAUGGAAGAGACAACCAUGGCUAUGACAGGCAACCCCAUGACCCCAACAGGCAAGGCAGGCGACCCCCAGAUGGCCAGAGAGGUCCACCUCCUGAAGGAAGGAGAGGUCCGCCUCCUGAGGGCAGAAGGGGUCCACCUCCUGAAGGCAGGAGGGGUCCACCUCCUGAGGGCCAGAGAGGUCCACCUCCUGAAGGAAGAAGAGGUCCACCCCCGGAAGGCAGGAGGGGUCCCCCACCUGAAGGUCGAAGAGGUCCGCCUCCUGGAGACAGACGGGAUGUUGAUUAUUCUGACAGACCCCGUGGGCCACCACCUAAUUAUGACAUAAGCCAUAGACCAGAUGACAGACCAGAUGACAGACGCAGGUCACCACCUAAUGGCCACCGAGGUCCUCCCCCACCAGGUGGAGCUGGAAGAAUGAUCAUUGAUGAAGAAGGAGGUCACAGGCCAAGAGGAGUUCCCAGAUUUGAUGCUGUAGAAAGACUGCCAGAAAGAGAACGCCAGGAGGUGAAACUUAUUACGGACAGGUCCAGAGAGGAGUCUGACAUCUAA